CAAACGUCAAACAGGAUAAGUAGACUAUAAAAGGUUUGAUGGCCAGGACAUUAUUCAGUCUACAUCCGAGUCGGAGCAACAUGAAGUUUUCAUUUGUCGCCGUAGUUCUGGCGCUGGCCUGUGUCGUAUCGGCCCAGUUGGCGGACGAUUGGAGUAGUAAUCGUCGUGCAGAAGUGGACUCCGACGACCUGGCUGUGAGGAUGGGGCGAAAUAUCCUUUUUCGACGGACAUCGACGCGAUUCGAAAAACUAGAACAAACCACAGAGACAUUAGCAAAGAACUUACAGGAGACUACUCUGCAGUUGAAUAAUACUUCCCAACGCUUAGAAAAAUCAUUUCAUAUCCUAGCUGAAACGAUGACGGAAGUUGUGAAUUUAAAGACGAGUGUAAAAGAAACUUCUGAAGGUUUAACGGAUAUUAAACAAGAUUUGGUGAGUGCCAGGACGGAUUACUCAAAACAAUUAGACGAUAUUGAGGUUAUUAAGCAAGAACUGGUCAGCACCAAGGAGGAAUUCACUAAACAAUUUGAAGACAUAACCACUAUCAAGCAAGAUCUCAUAAACACAAAAAAGCAGUUUGAAGAUUUGACAGCGACUCAACAGGAUUUAGUCAGCGCCAUGAAGGCGGAUUACGCAAAACAAAUGGAUGAAUGGGCAGCAAUGAAGCAGGACUUGGUGAACGCAAAAUCGGAUUACGCAAAACAAUUAGAGGAUUUGGCAGAAACUCGACAACAACUGGCGAGUACCAAAUCGGAUUAUGCCAAAGAAUUUGACGAUAUGGCGGCAAUCAAAAAGAAUUUGCUGAGCACCAAGACUGACUAUGAAAAGCAAUUGAUUGAUAUUUCAGUAAUCAAGCAAGGCGUAGUGAAUGCCACUCGACAAUUGGAUGGUAACAUAUUUCAAAAAGGUGAAAAUAAUUUUUUUAAGUGGAUACAACAAAAGUUUCGAAUACAUUUUACAGCCACCCAACAAGAUUUGACAGCCGCUAAGAUGGAAUACAAAAAACAGUUUGAUGAAAUUUCAGUGAUUAAGCAAGAGUUGAUAAGCACCAAAUCGAAUUUCAUCAAACAACUGGAUGAUGUGACACUAAUUAGGCAAGAUUUGUUGAGUGCUAAAGCUGAUUAUGCAAAACAAUUAACCGAUUACUCAGCCAUUAAGCAAGAUUUGAAGAAUACCAAAUUGGACUAUACGAAACAGUUGGAAGACAUUUCAGUAAUCAAGCAGGAUUUGAUGAACGUCACAAAACAAUUAGAUGCAACGCAGAAAGAUUUGAUAACCGCUAGAGUAGGUUAUAAAAAGGAAUCCGAUGCAAUUUCAGCGAUCAAAAGAGAAAUGAUGAGCACAAAAACCAAUUACACGAAUCAAUUGCACGGUUUGGAAAUACUCAAACAAGAUUUGAUAAGCGGAACUAAACAUCUGGGUGAAACCCUUGGGCAUUUAGAAAAGGCCAAGAAGGGAUAUGACGACCAAUUGAAUGGUUUUGCAGAAAUAAAACAAGAUUUGUUGAGCGCAAAAUCAAACUUUUCAAAAGAGUGGGAUGUAACUCAACAUCAUUUACAGAGAGCUAUUGCGAAUUACACCAAACAACAGGAUGAUUUGGCAGUAAUUAAGCGAGAUUUGAUGAGCGCCACGAAACAACUGGAUGCAAUUCAAAAAAGUUUAACGAGCGCAAAAGCGGAUUACACGAAGCAAUCGGAGGAUAUGGCGAUAAUUAAGCAGGGAUUGGUGAUCGCAAAAGUGGAUUACUCAACUAAAUUGAGUGACAUGACAGCAAUAAAGGCUGAUUUGAUAAACGCAACAAAACGACUGGACGCAACGCAAGAAGCUUAUAUGAACGCUCAAUUGGCGUACGCAAAACAAUCGGAGGUUAUGGCGGCGAUAAAGCAAGAUUGGAUGAAAACUAAAUCGGAUUAUGCAAAACAGCUGACAGAUUUGGCAAUAAUCAAGCAAAGUGCGAUGAAUACUACGAAGGAAUUAGAUGCUACUUGGAAGGAUUUAGUGGGCGCUAAAGCAGAAUAUUUAAAACAACUGGAUGAUUUUGCAGUUCUCAAGCAAGAUUUGACAAGCACGAAAGCAGAUUACGCAAGACAGUUGGACGAUUUGGCUGUAGCUCAUCAAGAAUUAGUGGACGCCAUGAAAGCAGAUUACACAAAACAAUUGGACGAUAUGGCGGCAACUCAGCAAGACUUGGUGAGCGCUAUGAAAGCGGAUUAUACAAAAACAUUUGAUGAUUUGGCAGUAGCUAAACAAUCUUUUGUGAACGAAAUGAAAUCGGAUUACACAAAACAAUUUGACGAUCUGGCAGUAAUCAGACAAGAUUGGGUGAACGCGACAAAAAAAUUGGAUGAUGUAGCGGUACUUAAGCAAGAUUUCGUGAUUACGAAGGCAGAAUUCACGAAACAGCUGGCUGGUUUGGCAGCUACCAAUGAAGGAUAUUGCAAAAUUGUGUGUAAUUCUUCGAAUUGAAAAGUCAACAACAGAAGCCGAAAUCGUCAAAGGUCUGAGGAACAAAUUUUCGACGGCCACCUCAGGAUUCUAGUACAGUGCUUGCUUUUACCAUUAAGUAUAACAAGUCGUUGUAUAAAAAAAAAACAGUUCGGUCACGCUAAAUUGCUGUGAGAUGCUAAUCUAAAUAGUUUUGAAUGAUAUCCUCUGGGCUCUAGCUUCCAUAAAAAUUUUAAUAAUUGUCGAUUAAGUUAAGUAACUAUAUCACUAGCUCCAGUUUGACUGAGGAAAGAAUUUACAAGAUAUUUCAAGCUUCACAUCACGCAUAGACAACAUAUGUGACAAAUUUAAGUAGGUAGCAUGUAGUAAAUCAAUUUCCACUUACUCAGACA